ACGGCACAUCAAGCGCAUAAUAUCCCAUGGCACCUUCUUGCCUCUAACCUAGAAUGGAAAACACCGACGCCUAAUGACAACUUCGCUACAAAUUUCUAUCCGCGCAUGAAACCAAACCAAGCAAAUGACCUUAACCAUUUUGUUCAAAAUUUUGUUGAGAAUCUCGGCGAUCACACAGCCUGUGGAAGAAAGAAAUAUCCUGAUCGUUACCGUGUCCUAGAGCCUGCAGAUAUGAUCUUAGACGAAGAUCUCGUUCGAAAGAUAUCACUCACAGUUUGUCGAUGGCGGUACAACUCUUACUGGCCUUUGCACAGGGAUUUUCCUUCCGAUGAAUGCCGUGGAAGUGAUUUUAGUCGGGAUCGUUCGGGCUUUAAUAUAUGCAAAUGCAAUUUCAUUCCUCGCGAGGAAAGGCUCAUGGCUGCGUCCCUGCGGGAGCCUGAAAAUCAGGUAUAUUCAAGUCACACUCGUGCGAAUUCUGCAGCCUACUUUAAUGCCCAAAUAGUGCAAACGCUUCUUAUUUAUGGAGAGAUGGAUCCAAUUUUGCGUAUCUGCGGCUACCCGAAUGUCCAUCUGGAGUUCUGGUGCUAUGGAUGGUUUUUCCGAGGGUUCUACCUUCCCUCAAAACCAAACCUUAUUUUGUGCCAUGCUGACUUCAAAAGGCGAUCUCAUCUCAGAUGGGAGCCCAUUUGUCGACAAAUGCUUCAGGCCUACAUCUGCCUCAAUGUAACCUACUGUUUCCCCGAGCAUUGGAAUUCUGGCUCUAGGAAAACAAAGCAGAAUGAUUACGGCGAUGCACAAUUCUAUCAAAAGACUCUGGCCAACUGCGGGACUUCAAUACUUCCGGACCUAUUAACGUACCCGCACGCUCAGUUCUUCGCUAUGGAGGGGUCAAGUCGUACUUGUCUCCAGAUAUGCCGCAAGCAAAGCAUGGGCUUUUUGAAGAAGAACGGCACAUAUUGA